ACAGUGAUUGACAGCUGUCAGGUGUCAUUGGUUCUAAAUUUUAAUUCUUUUUUUCGAAUAAAAUUAAAUGUUAAAUUACAGUUACUAUUUUAUUAAUUGAUUAGAAAGACAUUUGUAAUUGUAAUACAAUUACAAAAACAUAGUUCGCUUAAGUAAAAGACUGAAAGGCUAGGCUUCAUUGAAAGAGAUUUCAUAAUCAUUUGUGCCUUUGUACACACACUUAUUACUGCUUUUAAUCAAGCACUGAUUUUAUAUUAUACUCAGUGGUUACUACUAUUAAUUAGUACCUUGGAAAUGCUAUAUCACUAAUUAGGGGCUGACCAGACUAGUAUCCCUUCCUGGAACACUGAUAAAAUGCAUGGAAGAAUUAAAGUUCGAACAACUGAAGAGGAAAAGGCUAGAAAAGAGAAAGAAAGGCAAGAGAAACUUAAAGUCUUUAAACAUGCUAUGCAGAAGAUUCUAUAUAAAAGAAAACAAGGUGAACAGGAUGAUGAACAGUUAGAAAUCACUGGAAAGGUACUAUCAUCAAACCCAGACAUUUAUACACUGUGGAACAUCAGGCGAGAAAUACUAAUUCUUUUCAGUAAAACGAAAAAUGAAGAAGAAAUGUCCAAAAUAUAUGAUACAGAGUUGAACUUAACAGAGUACUGUCUCAAAAUUAAUCCAAAGUCCUAUUGUUCCUGGCACCAAAGAGAAUGGGUUUUGACUUCAAGACCUAAUCCAGAUUGGAAAAAAGAACUGGAACUGUGUAACACAUACCUCAAGUAUGACGAGAGAAACUUUCACACAUGGGAUUAUCGCCGGUUCGUGGUGAGCCAGUUCAAGCCGCCACUGCAAGAGGAGUUUGACUUCACCACUGAAAAGUUAUAUGACAAUUUCUCAAAUUAUUCAGCUUGGCAUUAUAGAAGCAAAAUGUUAGUUGAAUUAUAUCCUGAUGUAAAAGGAGGAAGACCCAUACAAGAUAAUCAUCACAAACAUGAGCUAAAAAUGGUUCAGAGCGCAGCGUUUACAGAUCCUGAUGAUACCAGUGCAUGGUUUUAUCAAAGAUGGUUACUAGGUGCAGUAAAAGUCACAAUUCAACUUGUUUCAUAUACUGUGACACCAUUAAAGACAACACUCGCUUGGAGUAGAAAAGUUUCUAACAACUAUAUAAAUAGCAAUGUUAACAUAUACUUUAACAACCAAUUGGUUGAAGGCAAGUGGAUCCCGUGCACCGGUCUCGAAUAUGAUGAUUUAUGGAUUUUUGAACAUAAUCAAGAAGUUAGCGAUAAUAUGGACAUUAAGGUAGAGCAUGGUGUUGGUGAUGAAAAGCAAAUAAUUAACAGUGAGAAGUAUCAACCUUGUACAUAUGUGGGUAAAAACAAAAUAUUCUUCAAAAACCAAUAUUCUCAGCCUGUAAUAGAAGAGCUGAAUGAACAACUUGAUUCAUGUCGUCAGCUGCUUGCGUUAGAACCAGAUAAUAAAUGGACAUUACUAACUACAACAUUCUUCUUGUACUGUAUUGAUGCAAAUCUGUAUCACAAAGAAAUCAUGGUGAAUCUUGAAACUUUGAAAGAUUUGGACUCUCAAAGGGCUGGAUAUUACAGUGAUUUAAUAUCAAAAUGGAGUAUUGAACAACAGCUACCUCAAGAUUAUAAUUCCAACAGUCUAGAAUAUAAAAUAUCUUUUAGUCAAAAAAUAACAAGUUUACCUCAUUUAAAUUAUUACAGUUAUUGUCAAGUUGUUGACCUAUCCAACCAGGCUCUGACAUCAAGAAUACUGCCAACAUUAACAAAACUGCAACAUUGUAAGGUACUGAAUUUAUCAAGCAACAAAAUAAACACAUUAGAUGGAUUUCCUGAUAUAGAUUUGGAAGAGUUGCAUUUAGAAGAUAAUAUUGAAUUAGACAAAAUGGAGGUGGAAGUUUUUAAACACAAACACAAAUUUAUGAAAAUAUACUUUUAAUUAUAAUCUAAUUUCUAAAAGGAAAUGAUUGUUUAAACAAUACUAUGCAAAAUAAGUUUUAUAAUGCACAAAAUUAUGUACUAUGGUGCAAUUAAUUAUUUUAGAUACAGCUUUACCAAUAAGGCUUUUCAUGUUUUAAAACUUUAUUGUGAUUUUUUCCAUUAAAAAUAGUUUAAAAAAUUUACAUUUCAGUUUCCAACCAAAAGACCUAUUGGAAUAGCUAAAAUAAAAAAAAAAAUAUAUGUAAUAACACUUAUCAACAUUAUCAAAACUAUGUAAAUAGCAGAGUGUUUAAUAAAAAUUUUAAUAACUGCCUAGA